AUGAUUACCGACGGUCAGCUCUACACGCUCGCCAUCUUCCUCGGAAGCGCGUCCAUGAUCCUCAUCGUGCUAUACCACUUCCUCGAGGUCAAUUCGGAUGACCAUGUCGCACCGCAAAAGCAGAACCUUGUAGCAGGAAAAGCACGGAGUUAG